AUGAGGCGGCAGGCGGCGGAUGCCGGUUACUGGUUGCGGAGAAGAAACAGGAGGAAAAUGUUAUUUAGAAUAGCAACAGCAACAACAACCAUGGCAUCGGUCUCGUCUGUUGUCGUCGAAGGGACAUCAGCAGCAGUGGCGUCGUCGGCCGAGGAUGGCGGCGGCGAUGGCAUCGACUACCCUCCCUCCAUCUCUGUUGAACGUCGUCCUCCCACGUCGACAUUCUUAUUCAACAACCUCGGAACAACAUUGGUUGCGACGCUUAACAUGGCGGUGGUUAAGGUGGUCGGAGGAACAAGAGGGUGGCGGUCGGGGGAGACACAAGAGUGGAGGCUGUUGGACCUCCGGCGUUGGCGGCUACUCCUCUUCAUCUAG